GUGUGUGUGUGUGUGUGCGCGCGUGUCCAAUCCUCAUUUGUAUGUGCACUGUACAGAUGUAGGGUGUCGGGUUCUUUCGGUUUUUAAUCUCUCCCGUUGAAGGAAAUCAAACGGGACCAAGGAGCGGCUGGGAGCCGACGCAACGACUUUAAAUCGACGAUGCCCUGUUCGAGGUGGUGAAAUCCUUUGCGCCUUGCCAUUCUCUCUCACCAUCCCUCCCCUUCUCUCUCUCUCUCUCUCUCUCUCUCUCUCUCUCUCUCUCUCUCUCUCUCUCUCUCUCUCUCUCCCCGAUACCCUCUCGCAGGCACAAAAUCCUCUGCCAUGGCGUCUUCCAACAAUAUUACCCCCACCAACUGUAGCUGGUGGCCCAUUUCGGCCAUGGAUGAAGAUGGCAAAGUCGCAGACGGAGAGGACGACCACGAGCCCACGACAGAGCACAAGCCUUUCUCCAAAGACAGGCUCGUGCUGUAUCACUGGACGCAGUCCUUCAGCUCUCAAAAGGUGCGCCUGGUGAUUAAUGAGAAGGGCCUGCUGUGCGAGGAGCGCGACGUGAGCCUGCCCCUGAGCGAGCACAAGGAGCCCUGGUUCAUGAGGCUCAACCUGGGAGAGGAGGUGCCCGUCUUCAUCCACGGAGACACCAUCGUCAGCGACUACAGCCAAAUCAUCGAGUACCUGGAGGCCAACUUCACGAGCGAUACAGUACCCCAGCUGAUUCCGGAUGAAGGCACUGUGAUGCACGCGCGGGUGCAGCAGUACCGAGAACUGCUGGACGGCCUACCCAUGGACGCCUACACACACGGCUGCAUCCUCCACCCGGAGCUCACCACCGACUCCAUGAUCCCAAAGUACGCCACUGCUGAAAUACGUAGACACUUGGCCAAUGCCGCGUCUGAACUGAUGAAGUUGGAUCACGAGGAGCCCCAGCUGACAGAGCCUUACCUUUCCAAGCAGAAGAAGCUCAUGGCGAAGAUCUUGGACCACGACAAUGUGACUUAUCUGAAGAAAAUCCUCAGUGAGUUGGCAAUGGUCCUGGAUCAAGUCGAAGCAGAACUGGAGAAGAGGAAACUGGAAUAUCAAGGUCAGAAGUGCGAGCUGUGGCUGUGUGGAGCUGACUUUACACUAGCUGAUAUAUGUCUCGGGGCCACGUUGCACAGGCUCAAGUUCUUGGGACUCUCUAGGAUGUACUGGGAGGACGGGAGCCGACCCAACCUGCAGUCGUUUUUCGAGCGCGUGCAGAAGCGCUUCGCCUUCCGCAAGGUCCUGGGAGACAUCCACACAACCUUACUCUCUGCGGUCCUACCUAAUGCAUUCCGAAUGGUGAAAAAGAAGCCUCCAUCCUUUUUUGGCGCCUCCUUCUUAAUGGGCUCCCUCGGAGGGAUGGGCUAUUUUGCCUAUUGGUUUUUAAAAAAGAAAUACAUGUAGUGAACGUCUCCCCUGUUAACGUUCCGUGUCUGUGUAUUUGUGCGACGUGGCAAACUUUUUCCGUACCAGAUGUUUUCGCUGCAGCAGGAAGGAUGAUACUGUGCAGAGAAGCCACUACUGUCUGGGUAAGCAAAGAACAUGAGAACAUUCCAUGACAAAGAAUUCGUCGUAACAGCACAUUUUCUGGAGAUCGGUGUGUCCACUUUUUUUUCUGUUUUAAUUUCUCUCUGAUUUCGACUCCGAGGUUUACCAAAUAGGUUGUGGAUUUCUUGCGCUCAUAUUUUACCUACAGCCUGAUUUCACUCAGCUGAUUGAAAAGUCACAACCCAAAUUAAAAAGCGCUGCAAACUCCUCCUGAGUGGGGUGUUUCCGCGUCACAUGGCGACUGGUUAAAGCAUGACUGCCCAAACACUGUAGUACCUGUGUUUUAUAUUUCAGACGUUAACCCUUUGCCCUUUAAUCUGCUGUUGAUUGACCCUCGCCCAUUCAAACCCUGACAGAAACACUCCAUUACGUCUGCCGUAGCCAGACACUGCCAAGCUUAAUAUGUACUUCACAUUCAUUCAUGCGCUUGAUGGAGGGCAUGGCAUGGUCACAGAUAGCAGAGGCACUUGGGAUUCAUUUUAGCAGAAUGAAACGCAACAGUGUUAGUGUCUGGAUGAACAGAGACUGAUGGCUUGGAUAACUCAUUUGGGUUACAAAGGGGAGAGCUAGUGCCCGGGGUUAUGAUAAAAUACAGGAUA